GCAAAUGCAAUGCAAUGCGGCGAGAAACUAGAAAACUAAAGUUCUGUCUUGUCUAUCUUCACGUAAAAGAUAUCUCUCUACAUUAUUUCGUUCGACUAAGUCGCCUCGCCCUCGACACUUAGUUUGUUGACUGACUUACAUAUGAUUUCCACAUGACUUGUUCGCGCUGACAGAGACAAAGGGAAGUGAGGCUUUACAACAACUUGGAUCAAAAUGGAAGGUGCGCAAUUUACGAAACUGUUUUGCAUCGUAUUUUUAACAAUGCUGGGCGCGGAAAAUAUAAAUACAGCAGAAGAUUGCAUCCCUGUAGACCAAUGCAGCUGCAAGCUGAAAAGUGGGAAGUACAUUAGCCUUUGGGACAUAGAUAAGAAAGGAGCUAGUUACCCAGCAGAAGACGCCUUGUCUCGUACUGGCUUUAAUUAUCUGUACAGUCCAUGUUCUGUGCUGAAGAAGACUGGUACUGAAUGUGACAAUGCUCUGGUUUGCCAAAAUGUAAACAGCGACAGUUUUGCCAUUGCUUUGAAGCCUAAAGCUGUUUCAGUUGGUUAUGAUGUAGUAUUGAAGCAGUACACAUUCGUAUAUACGGGAACCUCAACGCAACUGUCUAAGAACAGGCAAACAACCAUCAACUUGGCUUGUGACCCAAACAUUAAGGCCCCUCUUCUUUCUGUCGUCUUGGAAUCACCAGAAGGGGUAUAUGGGUUGACAGUAACAACUAAAUGUGCUUGCCCUGGUGCUUGCAGCCAUCUAUCACCUCAAUCAGCGUCGUCGUCGACAGGAUUAAGCACUGGCUCUGUCCUAUGCAUCGUUCUUCUGGUCUUGGUAGUUGUUUAUCUAAUUGGAGGUGUGUUAAUCAAUAAAUUCGUUCGACAUGAAGAAAAUUCAGAACUUUUUCCAAACAAAACGUUUUGGAAGGGCUUUCCAGUUUUGGUAAAGGAUGGUUGCAUUUUUACAUUUAGAAAAAUUAGAGCUGGCAAGAGUGAUUACGAAGCCAUUUCAUAGCAUCAAAUCUUUCUCUAUCAUGAACAUUUUUAAAUUAGCUGCCUGGAAUAUUGAUUGCACAUGUCAGUGCUCUGAUUCUAGAACUGUAAUUCCAGAAAAAUAAAUCAGUUUCAAAACUCUAGUCUAAUAUCUCCGCAAAAGGCGAACAAUUUCCUAGAUAGGAGUUUAAAGCACUUGCUCUAUGUGGAUUCUGAUCCCAUGAAAUCACAAUUUCAUCAAGGUGAAAUUUCAGAAGUCAUUUGACAGUGGUAGACAGGUAUUUUGUACAUAGGGGUACACGUGAGGGUAUGUUGGGGGUAAGACCUCAAUUGCAACCAACUAUCGACGCGAAUGGGCCGAAUUCCCCACAUCAGUUGAUAAUUCGCUUGGAGAUAAAUUCUUUGCAAAGCGACUUUUCACCAAAAUUUGUGUCUCAAUCAGUUAGUGGUGACUACCCCUACAAUUCCUAUAAUUUAUACCCCUGCAUCGUUGAGGAAUGUAAUUCAUAAAAUAAUUUCAAUUUGAUUAACUUAUCAAUCAACCAGAAGCUGUUAUCAUGGGUUACAGAACAAAUGCUUCUUUGUUCUAAGGGACAUCCAAAAUGCCUUGUAGAGAAAGAUCACACCAUAUGCUUUCUUUUGUAAAAUCAAAGGCAUUAUUUAAUUUAGUAAGUGCUUUAAGGUUUACAUAGUAUUUUUAAAAGAUAGUUUUCGAGAAAAUCAGACUGUGCAAUUUGGUUGAAUAAGAUGAAACAUUUUUUUACAAUUUAAUAUGAAAAUUUUUUAGUGAAAAACACAGCUUCAAAAAUUUUUUUUACUUCUGCGUCGUUGAAAUUCUUUCGCUGCUUCUUCUUCAAACAAUCUGGCGGUAUCAAGAACAUACCAAGCGUAAGAACAUACACACUUUUUUAUAAGAAUAAAGUCUAUAAGAAUAUUGAUGCUCAAAAUUGCUAAAAUUUAAGAAUAAUGCCAGGCUCAACCUUCAUCAAGACGGGGUUGAAAUAAUGCUUUUGGAAUAGGAUCGUAUUUGUAUCAUUAGAUUUUGCAAUUUAAUAUCACAUUUGCUGUUUUGUUUUUCCUUGUUGAAAUUUAUGAUGAAGCAACACAUCAAAAAAGAUUUAAAAUUUUUCUUUGAUCUUAAGGCGAAUUUACACCUUGUGUUGGGCAAGAAUAAUUUAAGAAUAAUCUUAGGCUCAAAAUCGAAAAUUUUUAAGAAUAUCGAGGCUCGGCAAAAAAUUUGAUAUUCUUAUAAAAAAGUGUGAACGUGGUUUAAUGUAGCCUGCUUGCAGCUUCUGAGUAGAGGCUGCACGCUGGCUAGGUUUAAUGGGGCUUGACAAAAGAUAGAAACUCGGUUCCUUCCGUAUUGCCCUACACGCUUCCGGUAAGAGUCUAGGUAGAGUCUCUUCUUGAAAGAUAAGAAUCUCUCCUCAAAAAGUGAGGGAAAGUCAGUUCCUUAAGCUGGGUUUACAUGAUGGAAUGUUCCUGGCAACUUGUUUCUCAAUUGUAACUGAAAGGGGUAGACAAUAUUUUUGUAGGGCGUGUUACAGACAGCUACGAUCAAGACAAUUUGCCGCGACGGAGGCCGGGCAACUGUCUUGAGACUGGGGGGAGUCUGCAAAACAAAGGCGCCAAACCUGAGGUUGCAACGCAAGUUGUAAAAACCGGUGUUACACUGUGCAAUGACCAUGAAAUCACCGGCAAUCGUUGCAUGAAGAAGAACUGAGUUUACUGUUUAGCACUAGCUUUACAAACUCCUCAGAACUAAACCCCUAAGAACUAACCCCCCCCCCAGAACUAAGAUCAUCAGGCACUCAGCUCAGUUUUCAAGGUUUCAGGUCAAUAACGUUACCAGUGAAAAUCGUAUUAGGGAUUCUGCAGUUAUAAAUUUUAUCCAUAUCACUCCAUACAAUUAUAUCUAAGUCAUGUUUCAAAAACAGUAUGACAAUAUCAUGAUAAUAAAAAUCAUUGUUUACUACAAUACAAGUCUAGACGCUAACCAGAGCUCAUCCUCAGACUAUAUAUAGAAAAGUUCUAAUUCAAAGUCCGUUAAUACCCAGUUGUUAAUCCAUGAGUUAGUAUAGCAAAACUCAAUUCAGAACAUCUUGGCGGACCCAGAUCGUCAUCUACAUUGGUAAAUUUUAAUUAUUUUGCAAUGGCCAUUUCACAAAGGUUGACACUGAGCAGCAACUAUAAUUAUAAGCUUUGAUACAAAAAACCUAAACUGAUAGUUAGAAGAUGCAUGAAAUACUAUUUAACAAAACAAUCCAGUUGUUUUGAUUUCAAAUGAUGCGACCAAUGGAUACGAGUGAGUUGAAAUUGCAGCAAACACAUUACACGACAAAUUAAAGUUGCUACACGACGAAGAAACACAACAGUUAGGGUUUUGGCCAUAAAAUUUUAUCUAUCUAAUGAUUCAUUUCUAAACUAUUGCCAUUUGAAAAACAUAUCCCAAAAUUACAAUAAAAGAUAACGGUUUUGAAAGGAAAGAUAAAAAUUGAAAUUGGUACAAAAACUAAAUGCCAAGGGUCUUCACAUUCUACCUUCACAACUUUCAAGAACUCCAACCCAUCAUUUUUUUAUCAAAAUAAACAUCAGCUUAUCCAAUAUCGGAUAUCUAAUAUUCUACCUAUUAAUUCCAUUAUAUUACGUUU